UGGAUCUGGAAUUUGUGUUUUGCGAUCAUAAUGAUUAAAUGUUUUAUUUCUAGAUAAAUAACACUUUACUACCUUUCACCUAUAUAAGUGCAUAAUUAACAUUAUAAAAAUUUUAACAAAUUAUACAUAAAGAAAUGGACAAAUCUCAGAAUUAAAUGUCAAAAUAAGUAAUUGCUUAGCUUAGUUUAUAAGUUGGAUUUACAAUAAAUAAGCACUAUUUUCAUAAUGACAACAGAAACUAAGUUCGACUGUGUUUUCUGUAAAGAAGUUUUUGAAGAUAAAGCCGACUUGUUAGUGCAUUUUAGAAAGCACGGUGACCCAAAGUUUAAUACAAAAUGUAAAAGCCGACAACAGAAUGAAGUGCCCAAAAACGAAAAAACUACCGAAGAAAAUGAAUUGGUUGGCUGUGAUGUGUGUGAAGAAGUGUUUCCAACUAUAUCGAAAGCUAUUACUCAUAAACACAAAUCUCAUCCAGAUCAUGAUGCUAAGUAUUUCUGUCCGUUUUGUGGAAAACUAUUUACAAUGAAGCAUCUAUAUAACAAACACUUACAAACAAAUCACGAAUUUUGUGAAGGCACUGACUCAAAUGACUUUCAUUGUGACUGUUGUGAAGUUACAUUUUAUGUGCCAUCGGCUAUGCUAUAUCAUAAUAAAUUCUUUCACCGACAAGAUACUGAACUACCAGCUUUUGGACAGUCAAAGAAAGUCAAAACUUACAAUCAGGAACCAUUACAAAUUUAUUAUUGUGCUUUUUGUGGUGAGGAAUAUAACAACAAAGUGAACCUGCAUAAACACAUGAGUGAUGAUCAUGGAGAUGAAAAUCAAAGUCCAACUGAGAUAUUAAGAUGUCCUCUUUGUGAAGCAAUAUUCUACCAUCUAGAUGCUUAUGAAUUACACUUAACAUUUCACUCUACUGAUGACAUGUACAGUGAACAUAAUGAAAUGAAAGAAAAAGUGACAGAAUUUUCACUUGAAGCAGUAUCUCCUAUUAUUGAAAAAGUUGAAGAAGAAGAAGAUGAUAGAAUGAAUACAGCCAGCAUUGAUAAUUUUCUUCAAUUAGUAAUGGGCGAAUCCGCCGACAAUGAUGCUCCAGAUAAGGUAAAAUCAAAAAAACAUAAAAAACACAAGAAAUCAAAAAAAGCUGCUAUUACACUCGAUGAAUUCUUAAACAUGAAUAAAGACGUUUUUGGCGAUGGUCUUAAUGUGCAAGGAAUAGAAGAAGUACCGACUCAAGUUGUUCUGAAAAAAGUAAAAGGGAAAAAAAUACCAAACAAACCUGAACCUAAAGUGGUAAAUGCAGAUUUAGCUAAGUUAAAGAAACAUGGUAUAGUCGUAAAGACGAAAUCUGGAAAUAGUCCUCUUUCGACAAAUUUUAAUAAAGAAGGAAAUAAAUCGAACGUUAUAAGCACUCCAAACGAAAUAUUGUCUAAACUUAUGAAUCAAGGGAAUAAGGAAAUAAAAAUUGUCAAAAAGUGUCUAUCACAAAAUGUGAAAUCAACUGAUAUUGCCAACCUUACAACAAAUACUGUUGAUAAACCUAUUGAUACUAUUAUAAAUACAGUUGUUACCACAGACCAUACAGAAGAGACUGAUAAUUUAAAAAAAAAUGAUACUCCACAUAUUGAAAAUGACAUGGAUGUAAAUAGUGAAAUACUUAAUAACACGCAAGAUAAUGAAAAUCCAAUUAAAAAUUACCCUAAUCUUGAGAGUGAUAUUGACAAAGCUGUUGAAGACAACAGAGAUGUAAUUGGAAAUGAUAAAAAAACAAUUUCAGAAAGCAACAGUUCGCAAAUUGCUGAUACUAAUACACCUCCUGCUAUCUUGGAAGAGAAAAACACAAUUAUUUCAGAUUUCCAUUUACCUAAUUCCAAUCAACUUCCAAAAAGCUCACAUGGUACAAAAGUCGACUUUAUUUUAGAUAACACAGCUGCCAAAGAAACUUUUUCUAAUGCUACGAGCAUUCAGCACAGUGACGAUUAUGAAAAUGAAAAAGAAGUAGAAAACAAUGUUGCGAAUACAACCUUGAAUGCUUUGAAGCAUUUAAGUCAUCUCAUAACAGUCAAGCCAGUACUCCAAAGUAAGACAACAAAUGCUGGUUGCAGAACUAAUGAAAUGAUGGAUCAAGAAAAUAAAGAUUUGGAAAUUAAAAAUAAUGAUAAGGAAUCUGUUUCAACAAAACCAUUACCCAUUGAUCAAAAGCUUGUUAUUAGUAAACCACUUGGUGAGCAUAUAACAAUGAGACCUGCAAAGGAAUCUCCUUCAUCACCAACUUUCAAUUCUGACGCCGAAAGCGAAAGCGGUGAAUUCAAUACAAAUGAUGAAAGUAAAUCAAAUAUAGACUCUAAUAAACUGGAUGAACAUGAAAGUUUAAAUAAGAAUGUUGUUGAAGUUCGGAAAUUGAAAAUUAGAAACCUACCUAUUAAUCAGGAGAAAAUUGCAAAAAAUAAUGAAACAGAUGACGAAGGGGAUUUAAAAAAUGAAGAAUGCCAUAAGAAAACGUCUAAUCUCGAUAUUUUAAAACGAUUGACAAAUGUUACAGCUAAACCUAUUUCUGUCACCACCGGUGUUAGUCAAAUUUCCAACCCUAAACAAGAUAAUACGAAUACUACCCAAGUACGGGAUGAAGUGCCCAAAAAGCCUUCAAAAAGUAGUAUAGACGACGAAAUAGAGAUUUUUAAUAUUGAUGACUCCGAUAGCGAAGGAAACGAAAGUGACGUAGUCAACAACAAAACCGAAAAUACGCCUUCUAAUUUACCAUUAACCGCAUUGCGACAUCUUGGCAAAAACAUUAUUGUUAAGUCCAAUCAAAAAAAUGUAUUUCAAAAUGAACUAAAGAUUGAUAACAAAAAUAGAAUGCUGAAUAAACAGUCCCCAGAGAUCCAAAAGAGUAUAAAUCUUCAAAACAAAUUAAAAAUUUUAGGUGGAAACAUAGUUGUUAAACCUCGUAAUUCUUCUCCAAGUACAUUCAACAAAGGAUUACUCAAAAGCUUUGGAGAUUAUGAUGAUGAUGACGACGAUGACGAGGCAAAUGAUAGUGGUUCGGAAUCAAACAUAAGUAAAGUAAAAAUUAGUGAAAUACAUGACAAUGAUAAUAGUGAUAAUGAAGGUGAAAGUCAAAAUAAUGCAAUAGUGGAAUCGCCUAAUGUAUCAAAUAGUGAGCACGAAGAUAAUAAUGAUGAUAUGGAAGACUUGUCUGAUUUCGAAAGUCAAAUCAAAAGUAACACUUUAAAAAAGGAAGAUAUAGUAUCAAACUCGAAUAAAAAUACAUGUUUAGAAAAUUUUAAAAAUUUAAAUAAAGAUCUCACAAUUAAAUCAUUUAACUCAAAGAAACAGGAUCCUGAAGGAGAUAUUAAUUUAUUAAGUCAGAAAGAAAUUACCGAAGAUAAGCCUAAUGUUAAUAAGCAAGUAGUUACAAAACAAUUAAAGACUACUUUGUUACAAAAUGAACAACCUAUUAAUAAAUCUAGUCAACAGGCCAGCACUUCAACGAAUCAAACUUCAUUUAAUAAAAAAGUUUCUACUUCCUCAAAUCAAGUAAACACUGUGAAAACAGUAAAGCGGUUUCAAUCCCAAACUGUUAUUGAAGAAAUUACAACAACUGUUACUAAGACAAUAAGAACUGUCAAUCAAUCCACUAACGAAAUUGUGCAAAAUCGAUCCAAUCCUAAGCCCAUGAUAAGACCGCAGAAGAUAAUUAAUAAGCUACCUGGCAGAGAAUUACAGGGUACUACAGUCAGGCACUCUUCUCCCCCUGUUGGUACUAAGAUUAGAAAUGCAACAAAUAUUGUAAGGCAUUCCAAUCCAGCCAUUGUCAGACCUUCAAAUCAACUUGUGCCUGUAAGACCUGUUCUAAACUUACCACGACCGAGUGGUCCUAGUGCACCUGUCGUGAGAAAAGUUGUUCCUCCCAAAUGUAGUCCACAAAAACCAGCGAUAGGAAAAUUAAAGAUUUCUCCUUAUGCACUAAACCAAGCAACAAAGCGACCUUCUGAUGAAGCAACUGGUCAUUUUAGUUGUUUUAAGAAACCUAAAGAUUCCUUUCUAAAUACUACAGAUAUGGCAGAGUGUGACGAUGAUAAUGCUAUGCAGUUUAGUUCUGCUUCGCAGAGUCGCUCCGAUUUCUCCACUGUUACUAAGACUGUAAAAGGCAAGGGCUUAAUAACAGCCACUCAAACGCGAUCAGAAAUCAGUACAAAUUCUCAACAACAGCUUAGUAGAUUAAGCAAUGUAUCUGGACUAAAGAUAGUGAAAACAUGUUCAAAGCAAGCUACACAAGUAGAAGAAAAAUACGAAAUUAAUACUGCCAAAAAGAAUACAUUAGACGCUCUCGAAAAGUUACAGAAACAAGGACUUUUAAUAAAAAAACCACGUAUUGAUGAUUACAACGAACAUCCUAAUUCGUUCAGUGAAAGUGAUGACGAAGAAAGUGAAAAAUGAUGAUUGAGUUGAUUAGAAUAUAUAUUACUUAUCCUAUUAUUAUUGCUAAAACUAAAUAAGUCGAUGAAAUGAGACUUAAUAUCUGACAGAAAUAAUUUUCUUUUUGUUAAGAGUAUAUGUAUAUUUCUUUUUAUAAAAUUACCUAAUUUAUGAAACAUUUUUGUUCUUUAUUCAAAUGCAGAUUUGAUUAAAAUCAUAUUUAACAACAUUGAUCUUGACACAAGCAAAAUUAGUUAUUUUUAUAUGCUUUUUUAAAAGCACAAGUGGACUUUAGUUUGUGUGAAAGAUCUGUUGCAAAAAUUCUUACACAAAAACAUUAUUCUGUUCAUCAUUUUUAAUUUAAACUGGUUUUUGAAUUAAGUAAUUAAAAAAUGUGUUAAUUUAGAAAUAAGAUGUAUAUAAUUAAGAAUAAAAUGUAAAAUAAAUAAUAAUACAUACAUAUAAAGCAAGUUUCAAAGUAUUAAAAUUG